ACAGAUCCCUAUGGAAUGAAGGGGGUUGCUCGCUGAAACUCAUUCUCUUUGUUUAGUUUAAAGCGACCAGUUUUAUUAUUUUAGAGAGAGAGAUAGAGAGAGAGAGAAGAUAGUUUGUGGAGGGGCUUUCACAGAUAGAAGGGAAAUGGGAGAGCAGCUUCUCAUCAUCAUCUUCUUCUGCAGCUAGACUACAAAAAUCUUUGGUGAGUUCUGAGAUAAAAUGAUGAAGAAGGAGAUGAUGAUUUCUUUCUGUGUGCAUAUUUUCUGUGUUGAAGUGAAAUGAUUGCUGUAUUUUUCGACCCAAUGAUUGAGUUUCUUCAAUCCCAGGAAACACUUCUUGGAGCCCAAGGAAAGUAGGAGAGAGACAAAACUCAAAAGAUUCAAACUUGAGAAGCUAUGAAUGAUAAGAACAGUAAUGGUAAUAAUAAUAAUGAGAACAAUGGUGGUGGCAAUAAUAGUUGGCUGGGAUUUUCUCUCUCACCCCAUAUGAAAAUGGAGGUUUCUUCUCCUUCUUCAACAACAGCAGCCAUGGCUGCAGCUUCAAGCUUCCACCUUUCUCCCUCUCUGUGCUAUGGGGUUGGAGAAGCCUCUGCCUUUCAUUUCCCCCUUCCUGUUAUGCCUCUCAAGUCAGAUGGUUCUCUUUGUAUUAUGCAGCCCCUCUCAAGAUCCCACCCAAAUGGUAUGGUGCCAAAUGGCAGUCCAAAGUUGGAGGACUUUCUGGGAGGUGCAACAAUGGGGGACAAUCAGUUUGGAAGCCAUGAGAGGGAAGCCAUGGCUCUAAGCUUAGACAGUAUUUACUAUCAUAACCCUGACCCACAAGAAGCUGCAAGGCAUAGGGCUUUUGACUUUCUUCAAGAACCCCAAACCCACCAUUCUUACUUCUCCACCUUACAAUGCCAUGAUCUUUACCAAGAACCACUUGAUGGUGAGCCCAAAUCAACCCACCACCUUGCUGAGUGUGUUGAGAAUGAACUGAAAAACUGGGUUUCUGUGGGGCAGUUUGGUGGUGGUCAACAGCCCCUUGACCACCACCCCACCACCACCACCAUGGUGGCUGAGGGUGGUGGUGGUGGGGGGAUGGGUUGCAAUGAGUUGCAGUCACUGAGCUUAUCCAUGAGCCCUGGCUCCCAGUCCAGCUGUGUAACUGCUGCAAGACAGAUUUCCCCUACUGAGCUUGAAUGUGUAGCCAUGGAGUCCAAGAAAAGGGCCUCCAUGAAAGUGGCUCCAAAACAGCCUGUCCACAGAAAAUCCAUAGACACUUUUGGUCAAAGAACAUCCCAGUACAGAGGGGUAACCAGACAUAGGUGGACUGGUAGGUAUGAAGCACACUUGUGGGACAACAGUUGCAAGAAGGAGGGGCAGACUAGAAAAGGAAGGCAAGUGUAUUUGGGAGGUUAUGAUAUGGAGGAGAAAGCUGCUAGAGCUUAUGAUCUUGCUGCACUUAAGUAUUGGGGUCCCUCUACCCACAUUAACUUCCCGCUGGAGAACUACCAGAAGGAACUCGAGGAGAUGAAGAACAUGACUCGCCAGGAAUACGUUGCACACUUAAGAAGGAAAAGCAGUGGAUUCUCCCGGGGUGCUUCGAUAUACCGCGGGGUGACAAGGCAUCAUCAACACGGUCGCUGGCAGGCCCGAAUAGGAAGAGUUGCAGGAAACAAAGACCUUUAUCUCGGGACUUUCAGCACUCAGGAAGAAGCUGCAGAAGCUUAUGAUAUUGCUGCAAUCAAGUUCAGGGGUGUGAAUGCUGUGACAAACUUUGACAUAUCCCGCUACGAUGUGGACAAGAUCAUAGCGAGCAAUACCCUACCAACGGGGGAAGUAGCGAGGCGAAACAAGGAGAUCCGAGAGCCCGUCGUGGAGGCUGCUGCUGCGAUUGAGUACAACAUGGCACCCGAGGGGGAGUGUGUUCAAGACGGGAGGACCACCGCGAAUAAUGCAUCAGACUGGAACAUGAUGCUGUACACCUCGCCCGGGCAGCAGCAAAACGUGUCGAGCAUCGGGGGGUAUCAGAAGCAGCAGCCGGGGUUUUCACUGCACGAUGUGUUUGGGAACGGGAGCCAGGGAGUCCUGCAGCAGGACGAGUCGAACAAGAUGGUGGAUAGCCACAUUUCGAACCCCUCGUCUUUGGUGACCAGCCUGGGGAGCUCGAGGGAAGGCAGCCCCGACAAGACAGGUGCCGCCUCGAUGGUCUUCACCGCAAAGCCUCCAGCAACUAAGUUCUUGAUUCCAGCAGGCAAUGUGGCUUCCUCCAUGCCUCAUCUCCCAGUCUAUGCUGGCUGGAAUGACACCUGAGCUGAGCUCUCUCUUCUGCUCUCAUGUGAGACUGUGUUUUUGCAUGGGAGAUGGAAAGUGGCAAUUAUUGGUGGUGGCAAAAGGUGGAGAAGAGAAAGGGUGAUGUAGGACUUUAGUUAGUUUUUUAAAAGGUGUUAGUGGGGGGGUGAUAGUGGGGGGGAAUUAAUGGAAAGACAUUUGGGGUCCCAAUUAUCUGUCUGUAACCUAGUGAUGUUGGAAACACUUUCAAGAAGGCUAACCCUUUUCCUAUCUUCAUUUUAGUUUUGGUCUCUGCAAAAAAUGGAGGGAAUUGGGUUUCUCUACAACAAAAAUUUAAUGCUUAAAA